GUAGCAAAGCUCAGCUUACAUAAUUGACCUGACAUUGUUUCAUUGCCCCAUUGGGCGCGAUUUCAUCGCUGGAAGUUUCGCCAUGUCUCUGGGAUCGGCCCCAGUUCGCCAUGCAUUUGCGUUACGAGCGCCUUGGUCAAGUCCCAUGCCCAAACGCAUCGCUGGGCGAAGACCGUGUGCGUUUUCAAAGAGGCUUGAGCCGGCAGAGGCGGCGUUUGUGGCUGUGGCAGUGACCUGCAGUUGUCGAGCGCUGCAACGGCGUAGCUGCGUCAGGGUCAGGCAAAGGACCCAGGAGACAGAGGAGGAGCGAAUGCAACUUGACCAGGAAGCACGUGAAGGCAUGGAAAAAUACAUGAAGCUGAUACAGGAUUUGGCUGACAAGGGCAACAUUCGUGCUCAAAAGACAGCUUGGAAAUGGGAUCUUCGGAAGAAAGUCUGGAAUUUCUUGGAAGACAACGACUUGGCUGACUUUCCUCGGCCCGUUCACCAUCGUAUUCCUAAUUUCAAAGAGUCUGCAAAGGCGGGUGAACGCCUUGCUGAAUUGCCGGAGUUCAUCAAUGCCAAAGUGGUCAAGGUGAACCCUGACACCCCGCAGAAAUCUGUAAGAGUGGCAGCCUUGCGUUCAGAAAAGACACUCUACGUGCCGCAACCUCGCUUAAGGACGGGUUUCUUUUCCCGGAUCCAGCCAGGCAAGGUGCCGCCAGAGAAGUACAAUUUCGCUGCUACAGCUGGAGGUAUGAAACAACUGGCAGAGCCGAUGGAUUUGGACGACCGCACAAAGAUUGACGUCGUGGUGAUUGGCUCGUCAGCUGUGAACCCCGAAACAGGGAUGCGAGUAGGAAAAGGUGAAGGCUUUGCUGAACUUGAGUAUGGUAUGAUGAGGCAGUUGGGGAUGAUCGACGAGAACACUCCUGUCAUAACGACAGUUCACGACAGCCAGGUGAUAUCUGAAAACUUUCCACCAAAAGGCAAGAACCUAAUGAAACAUGAUGUGCCAGUGGACAUCAUUGUCACUCCAACACAGACAAUCCGUGUUAACAAGGCCAGGCAACCUGCAAAGCCAACAGGUAUUUAUUGGGAUUUGCUGUCUCGAGAGAAAUUGGCUACCAUUCGAGUCUUGCAGGAUUUGAAAGCUCGCAUAGAGGGCAAGACGGGCAUUCAGUUGGAGCUGGCUGAACAAGAGGAGGCUCUUCCUCCUUUGGCCAAGCGUGGGCGGCCACGCCUCAGAGAAUCCAAGCGAGAUGGUGUGAAAAGUAGGUUGCGUAGACCAUCGUAGACCCCAAUGAAAGUGGAACUCUGCGAAGAAAAA